AGCUCUCACUGCCACAGAUGCAGCCAUAUACCAAAAACUGGACCCAGGUAACUGAAUUUGUCAUGAUGGGCUUUGCUGGCAUUCAUGAAGCACACCUCCUCUUCUUUAUACUCUUCCUCACCAUGUACCUGUUCACCUUGGUAGAGAAUUUGGCCAUCAUUUUAGUGGUGGGCUUGGACCACCAACUAUGGAGACCCAUGUAUUUCUUCCUGACACACUUGUCUUGCCUUGAAAUCUGGUACACUUCUGUUACAGUGCCCAAGAUGCUGGCUGGUUUUACUGGGGUGGAUGGUGGCAAGAAUAUUUCUUAUGCUGGCUGCCUGUCCCAGCUCUUCAUCUUCACCUUCCUUGGGGCAACUGAGUGUUUCCUACUGGCUGCCAUGGCCUAUGAUCGCUAUGUGGCCAUUUGUAUGCCUCUCCACUAUGGGGCUUUGGUGUCCUGGGGCACCUGCAUCCGUCUGGCAGCUGCUUGUUGGCUGGUAGGCUUCCUCACACCCAUCUUGCCAAUCUACCUCAUGUCUCAGCUAACAUUUUGUGGCCCAAAUGUCAUCGACCACUUCUUCUGUGAUGCCUCACCCUUGCUAGCCUUGUCGUGCUCAGAUGUCACUUGGAAGGAGACUGUGGAUUUCCUGGUGUCUCUGGCUGUGCUACUGGCCUCCUCUAUGGUCAUUGCCGUGUCCUACGGCAACAUUGUCUGGACACUGCUGCACAUCCGCUCAGUUGCUGAGCGCUGGAAGGCCUUCUCUACCUGUGCAGCUCACCUGACUGUGGUGAGCCUCUUCUAUGGCACUCUUUUCUUUAUGUAUGUCCGGACCAAGGUGACCUCCUCCAUCAACUUCAACAAGGUGGUAUCUGUCUUCUACUCUAUUGUCACGCCCAUGCUUAAUCCUCUCAUCUACAGUCUUAGGAACAAGGAAGUGAAGGGAGCUCUGGAUCGAGUCUUUUCUCUCAAGUUUUGGAAGGGACAGUGAGGAGGCAAGUGGGAACACA